AUGUCGGAACACUCGGAGGAGAUCGAUGAGAAGACGACGAACUCGCACGAUGAUUGUAUGGAUACGGACGCGAUGAAAGAGAUCAAUUUUUUGCUGUCCGGCAAUCGCAACAUCAAAAUCGAGGAGACGCCGGUGUUCAACAUUCGGCUCAUCGCCGAAGUCAAAUCGAGACCCUAUCUGUACGAUCAGGCCGAUGAGGGCUACAAUCUGAUCGCGUGGCGAAAUACGGCGUGGAGCGAGAUUGCCGAGGCGCUCGACACGACCGCCGAGCACGUGAAGACGCGCUGGAAGACGUUGCGCGAUCGCUACAAGAAAGAGGAGAAGAAAGAGCGGCUGACGAAGAAGGCGUCGAGUUGGGUGUUCCAGCGGCCGCUUCGAUUCAUUCAAGCGCACCUCAAAGAUCGACACACCGAUGAGUCGGAAGCGAUCGCGCCGGAAUCGGCCGCGAAAGGCGGCAACGUUUCGCCGAUGGAGGCCACCAUCAAUUUCAUCGAGAGCGAGCUUAUUCGGAAUUCGGAAGCGAACGCGACAACGCCGACGUCGUCGUCGAUGGACGAGUCGAGUGCGGCGUCGACGGCGUCGAGCGCGUCGACGUCGAACAAGCCGGUAAAAGAAGAGGAGCCGUCGGCGGCUUCGCCACCGCCACCACCGCCGCCGGCGAAGCGCGCGCGCGCCUCGAUAUCGGAUGCGGCGGCGGCGGCGUCGCAACGCAACGCCGCCGCCCUCCUCAACAUGUUCCCCGGUGCCGCUUCAUGGCCGGCGGCGACGACGGCGACGCGAAGGCAGGACGACGAGGAGGACGAGAUAUUCGGACGAAUGAUCGCGAUGAAGCUCAACAAGCUCGAUCCAAGGACGAAGGAGCUUGCCAAAAUGCAAGUGCUAAAGGCAAUAUUUGAUGCGCAAUAUGGCUCAUAA